CUUGAGCUCAUCUCGCGAGUGAUCUUUGUGUUUGUGUGGAAAGCCGAAGCCUGCGUGAGCAACAAUUUUUUCUACGGUCACCAAUAGGCGACGAGUUCAAUACCAGCUUUAUGCAACCUUUUCUCAUGAAACUCCACGCAUUCACUUUCAUUUUUGGAUCACUCCAAAUAUAUUUUACGCUCGGACAUGGAAUGUUUUUCAUCUGCAAUUACUAAAUUUAACUAAACAUUUUUUCUUCGUUUUUCUACAGAUCGAUGCACCUCGCGCUUCCGGGUGGACACUCGACAAUCCUUGAAGGAGGUUUUUUCCAAAAAAUCAGGAUCAUUUCCGAUUCCGUUUCAAGGACCCAGGCUCCCUGGAUGAAUCAAGAUUCACGGUGUGCUACACUUUUCCGAGUACGUUUGCAUCAAAAACCCCUGAAGCGCUGUUGGAUUGGAAAUUUGAAGGGGCGGCUCGACGAUGCCUCGGAAUUCCAAUGAUUUGUAGUGUAUUUUUGAAAGAUGGGAAAAACAGAGGGGGUGUCUGAAGCACGCUCUGAUAACCGUGAUAAAUGAAAGCGCAUAUUUAUACAGACAGUGGAAUGAAAAAAGCGAGAGUAACAAUUCUCGAACGUAUAAAUCUCUCGCUCGUCAUAAUUUUCGAGUGUAUCUCGCACUCGAGUGCAAGAUAAAGUAUGUUCGAGUAGACAAGCGCGUGUGAAAUAUAUACGUACACGAAAAAGUAUAAGAGUACGAUGAUGUUGGACAGCGCGGACUUUGAAAUAUGAAACGCUCAGCCUGGUUAAGGUCAAGCUCAGUUGUCUUCGGUUUGAGCUCGAAGGCGGCCACCUCCGUGUCAGUCCGAAAAUAGAGGAAGCAGCAAUGUGCAGUAAAGUGACAGUAUUGGACGGUGGUUUUUCAACGCAGAUGUCAACUCACGUUGGCGAGAGGAUAGACGGGGAUCCGUUGUGGACAGCGAGGUUUCUAGUGAGCGACCCGGAGGCCGUGCUAGCGACGCAUCUCGAUUUUCUGCGAGCUGGUUCCGAAAUAAUCGAGACGAAUACGUAUCAAGCGACGGUGACCGGUUUCAUGGAGUAUUUGGGUAUAAACGAGGCCGAGAGUCUCAAGUUGAUAAGCCAAGCUGUGGACAUAGCGAAGAGAGCUGUCAAAAUAUAUCGCGAUGAAAUAGCCGACCGGGAGGAUGUGCCGAACAGGGAGCCGCUGAUCGCAGGCUCCUGCGGACCGUACGGUGCCUCGCUCCACGAUGGAUCGGAGUACACUGGUGAAUACUCGACAAACAUCUCCCUCGAUAUGAUGAAGAAUUGGCACCGGCCCCGCUUCGAGGCUCUUAUUAAUAGCGGCGUCGAUCUGCUGGCAUUGGAAACAAUACCUUGCGCCUUGGAAGCCGAAGCGCUCGUCGAAUUGCUCAAAGAAUAUCCGAACAUCAGAGCUUGGCUGACGUUCUCCUGUCGAACCGACGGUCAACACAUCGUCGACGGAAGUGACUUCAAACAAAUAGCCAUUAAAUGUUACAAAAACGCUGCGCCCGGACAGAUUAUCGGAGUUGGUGUAAACUGCCUCGCCCCUCAAAGCGUCAGCUCUCUAUUCCGCGACAUAAAUUCCGACGGGAACGAGGAGUUUAUACCACUUGUAAUCUAUCCGAACAGCGGUGAAACUUACACCGUCCUCGACGGUUGGAAAAACAUCGGCAAUGUUUGCCCGCUCGAAAAUUUCAUUCAUCAGUGGCUCGACAUGGGCGUACGUUAUAUCGGAGGCUGCUGCAGGACUUAUGCAGCCGACGUCACCAAAAUACGUCUUAAGGUCCUCGAGUGGCAGCUAAAACAACAAAAAAAACAAUCAAACCUCGCUAAAUAAGAAACUAACAAUUGUAUCGAGCUCUAGGAUUAUUCUACUUUUACAAACGACUCUCGAUUCGUGCUCCCAAACGCGAUAAGCGAGAUAACAAUUUCAUACAAACAGCUCAACCGUCCCGAGCGUCUCAUCGUUCGACCUUGACGCAGAACAAGUUGCCACAUCUUCAUCUCUCGUGUGGAGAUUAUUUUCACGUGCUUAUCAAGAGAACACAACACUCGAGAGUCGCCACAGUAGAGACGAUUACGAAUAACAAUGGAUACGCUGCUACUGCCACGAGGAUGACACAAACUUUUGCACACGUGCUAACCACUAAAAUAUCACGAUGCUUUCAAGUACCUUUCGGACAUUAAAAUACAAAAUACUUUUCUCUUUUGCUGCAAUUCAGCUAUUUUUUUACCAUUUCAUGUGAAUUGGAUUUUUGUUUUUUCUUCAAUUGGCCAACUAACGAGACAAAGCAUGAAAAAACGAAAGUAAAAAUUGGUGGAAAUUAUGUGAUGUUAAUUGGUUAAAAAGUAGCUCAAUUUCUCAAAAUUAAUAACGACAAGAGCGAUUCAUUCGUCUUUCAAUAAUUUUAUUAUAAAUAUUAUUGAAUAAAAAUAUUUUCGAAUGAAAAUAUUUCGAGUAUUUCUGUAUUUUCUGCUAUAAGUCGAUGAAAGUGUCUCAAAAAACGAAUGUUCUUGAAAUUUUUCAAGAUAAAAUGUGCAUUUUGAGAACGAGAAAUCAGCAAACGUCAGCCAUACUUUUUGAGCAUGAAAACAAAAAUGCAGAAUCGACAAUAGUCGUAUGAGGAAUGUGAGAUCAGCGAAAAGAGCUUAUUCGAUUUGCGAAAAAAAUCGUUGAACCCAGGCAGACGUAAAUCCGUCAAUUAUUCGAUUCAUUUUCUAUUCGACGAGGAGUUUGUUCACGACUUUAUCCGAAGCUUCCACUUAUCCAAUUUUCUUGUGAAUGAAUGGGAAUUGGUUUUGAAGAAGACUCUGUUGUGACCAUUCGAGUUGGAACGAAGAACCAGCAGAAAAUUGUGUUUUUCUCCUAAAUUGAAAAAUUGAAAAACAAAAAAUUAAUUUCAUUCGAAGGAAAGCUUCAUCGCAGAAAAUUUAUAACAUGAAAUGAUUAACAUUGAGUCGAAAACAAAUAAAUGGAACUGCAUGUGACUAAUGAAAUUAAUUCAAAUGAAAAUUACUUGGUAUGCAUGUGUCGUACAGAAUAAAAGUGAUACAAAUUUUAGGUGGAGCGAUUUUCAGGUCAAAUUCUAGUGGAAGCUUAGAAAUAAACAAAAUUUACGCAUAUUCAUAAUUUCCAAGGUUUCGAAAAACUAAGCUUAAAAAAUAAAGAAUUUACUGAAAAAUGA